AUGCCCGUGCCCGCCGCUUCAGAAACCCGGUCCAUCCUAGCUCCAACCGGGAACCGGGUUCGGAUCCACGAAGAACAGAGGCGGAAGAAAGAGGCGGCGACGGCGAAGCAUAAGAAACCCAUCCCGCCGCCGCCGGCGAAGCCGGACAAGUCGGAGGCGGCGGCUGCCGUCGUGCGGUGCGGCGUUUCGGCUGAUAGGUCUUCAGACUCUUCUUCGUCCUCGUCCUCGUCCUCCUCGUCGUCCGGUGGCUCAAAUGUAAAAUCUGCUAAAAGUAAGGGCGCGAGGGUAAUUAGUGAUAAAAUCGGCGUUGUUAAAGCUUCGAAAAAUGUGGCUCGUCGAGCUGAGCCUGUGACGCAGAAUCCUCAUGUUACACUUCCUGUUAAACGCUGCGAUUGGAUUACCUCUAAUUCUGAAUCAGUUUAUACUUCUUUCCAUGAUGAGGAAUGGGGUGUCCCAGUUCAUGAUGAUGUCAAGUUGUUUGAGCUGUUGGUUUUAUCACAAGCACUUGCCGAACUCUCAUGGCCGGUGAUUCUUAGCAAGAGGACAACAUUUAGAAAGCUUUUUGUUGAAUUCGAUCCACCAUCAGUUGCAAACCUUGAUAUUGAGAGAUUGCUGUCAACAAGAGUUCAAGGCAGUACAUUGCUCUCUGAACCCAAACUUCGUUCGAUCAUUGAGAAUGCUAAGGAGUUCCUCAAGAUCCAGCAAGAGUUCGGCUCCUUCAACAACUACUGCUGGCGCUUCGUGAACCACAAGCCGAUCGGGAGUGGGGCCCGCCACGGGCGGCAGGUCCCGACCAAAACGCUGAAAUCAGAGCUCGUGAGCCGGGACCUGAUCCGGAGGGGUUUCCGUUGCGUGGGGCCUACGGUCGUGUACUCGUUCAUGCAGGCGGCCGGCCUGGUGAACGACCACCUUGUGACUUGCUUCAGAUACGUCGAAUGUGGUCGUGCUGCUGCGGACAACAAGGACCAUCGUCCCAAGACCUCGGAUGGAGAAAAAGAUGGCACGACGUACGAUGAUUCGCCACUAUCCUUAAAGUCUUGA